CAACCAUCUUUAACGUCAUGUUUUAGGGUUAAUAAUGGGAGUUGGAACAACUUUUCCGUCAUUGAACAUUCAUCAAUAUAGGUAUGGAUCGAACUCGAGAUGAAAGAGGACACAGAAAGGACUCCUUUAAGAACUAUACUCACAAAUUUUCUCAACCACAUAGACACACUUGAAAACCAACGGAAUCCUGAGAAAUCGUACGAAGCAGAAUUUCAGGAACUAAAGUUGUUUAGCGAGUCAAUAAAAGGAACAAAACAAUAUUCAUGUUCUGAAGGGGAGAAAGAAGUCAAUCGGAAAAAGAAUCGUUAUAAGGAUAUCUUACCCUUUGACCUGAGCAGAGUGGUGCUUAAUGAGUAUGCAGGUGUACCGGGCAGUGACUACAUCAAUGCCAACUACAUCAGAGGAGCGAGCGGCUCUCCGGCGUACAUCGCCAGUCAGGGUCCGCUGCCCAACACUGUCAAUGACUUCUGGCGAAUGGUGGUGCAGUGUGAAGUGCAAGUCAUUGUCAUGGCGUGCAAUGAGGAGGAAGCAGGCAAGCACAAAUGUGAGAACUAUUGGGUGGAGGGGGAGGGAGAAGAGAAGCAGUUUGGUAUGGUCUCGCUUCGUCUCAUCAAGGCAAGCACGGUUUGUCCAGACUUCUCCGUGCGUACCAUGCGACUUAAGUAUACCAACACACAGUCCAACACUGAGGAGCGCACAGUGUGCCAGUUCCACUACUCCGCGUGGCCAGACCAUGGAGUGCCACCCCUGGUCAGACCUCUGUUAGACAUGGUGAGGUUAGUCAGGGACACUCAGGCCUCGGAGACUUUACCUGUGCUCAUCCACUGCUCCGCUGGCUGUGGUCGUACAGGCACCAUCUGCGCCAUUGACUAUGUCUGGGGCCUGCUGCGUGCUGGGAAGCUCACCAAGGACUUCAGCCUGCUAACCCUGGUCAGGGAGAUGCGUCGUCAGCGUAUUGCAAUGGUCCAGACCAAGGAGCAGUACGUCCUUGUACACCAAGCUGUGCGAGAACUUUUCCGAGAACAACUGAGAAUGAUCGAUUCUCAUCCAUACGAGAACAUUGACAGCAACGGACUCCCCCUCAUCAAAUGUGCCAGUCCAGAGCCCACUUACGAUACUAUCUCAUCCUUUCAAAACAAUAAGUCUGAAGAAAAACAAGAUGAAAAAGAAAAAGAACAAGCUCCACCUUUGCCACAGAAAAAGAGAUUGCAAACUUUGUCUUCAAAACAAGCAAAAGAAGUAGAAAACCAGAGUGAAAGGCAGCGGCUGGUAGAGCAAGCUAGCUCGAGUGGGUCUCGGCCACGCAUUGCCACUCUACGCAGCCUUUUUGAGCGGCAACACAUCACGCGUGAUACUCGUCAAGUCUCCCGUAGUCACUCCCUUGGAUCUGCACGACAUCCCAAGACUUCUACCACUCCUAGUGCAGUAGAAGUAGCCCCAGAGAAACCCACUCCAAAACCAAUUCCAGGAAAAGGGAUUUUAAGGGUACCUCAGCCUCAACAGACAAAGCCUGCUCUACCUGUCAAGCGAAGCAAAUCACUCAGAGUGUUGGGUUCUGGUGACCGCAACAAGUUGUCUGUUCCUACCUUGCCACCUGAGACUAGUGAAACUGAUGCUCCUAGGAGGCUUAGUUUAGAGUCAAACUUAGAUGAAAUCAAGGACUUGGUAAGCGAAUCUACUCACCCAACACUAACUGACUGUUUGUCAGUAGAUUCAAUUGUUGCGGGUCUAGGGGUUCGGGAAAGAAGAAAUAGUUUUCGACAAGCCGUACGCAGAGAAGACCAUGAAUCAAAAAAACAUUGGUCUAAGAAACCAGGACUUCUUAGAAGUUAUACCUCUGUAGACAUGCGUAGUGCAAGAGAAAAACCAGUUUUAGAUCUUGAUACAACUUCCAGUAAACCUUUACUCCGUCCUAAACCGAAUCUUCAGUUGUAUUCUAAUGGGAAGACUAGGAAUCUUUCCGUGGACCCUAGAUCGUCUUUUCAAAAUCAUCCACACUCAUCUCCAUCUGUCAAUCAACCUUGCUUUACUCCUGAUGAACUGAAGAAGCUACAGUCACAAGCUUCAUCUUCCCGAACACUCAUGACUCAUUCCACGAGCUUGCGGUUGGCUCCUAAAUCCAGAAGAGAAGACUGCCGGGUUCUCUUGUCACCCACAAUGCCCAGGCCUGAUUUGUAUCACUAUUAUGAACAAAUUCACAGCAGCGGAGAAUCAACAGUGAGCGCUUCUUCCGAUCAAAGUAUAUCGAACAAACACCUAAAGCCGAAUACAUCGAGGCCAAAAAUUCAAGCAUCAACAUCGGCACAAAAAAGUGAUUCAGAUGGGAGUGAUAAACAACUUAGCAGAGUGAUGCAUCACAAUCCUAAUAUAAAUACACCAAGAAGACAAGACAAACCAAACCCUUCAUCUAAGAAAGGGGGUGUAAGUACUGUAAGUGGACCACCGAGAGAACAAAGCAAUUCAAUACAGAGCCCUAACUUGAGACAAGAACAAAAGGUUAAGUUAUAUGAGAGCGUCAAGUCAAGUGAGCCAAAGAGAACGCCUCCAAUACCCGAAACAAGACCUGUAGUAUAUGAGUCGAGAGGUGUGAGGCAAAACUCAUCUGGAAUAUAUGGAACUGUAUCCAAAGUUCCACCUCCACCUUAUAUUGAGCCUGGGAAAAAUGCACAAAAGCCUGUUUCCAGUCAACAUUCACAUCAGCCAAGUAAUGGAAUAUACUAUGAAGAUAUUUACAACAGAUCACUUUUAUUAAGACAUAUUCCUUCUUCAAGAGAUAUGGUACUGCCUUCACAUAAACCAAACUCAUUAGGCAUCGACACCAGACCGAGUGUCGGUGACUCUCCUGGGGUGAUGUACCAAAAAAAUCUCGGAGAAAGGAAACAUCCAGAACACGAAUAUAGAAUUACCAAUUCAGAUAUCUACGGAGAAAGACAAACAGAAAGAAAACCUGCGCCACAAGAACAUAAGGUGCCUCAUCAUGACCCCCAAAUUAUGCAUGGAAAUGAGCGAAGGUAUCAAACUAAUGACAAUCAACCUAGGAAUGAAAGACAACACUCUGACCAUAGAGGCCUCUUAGAAAAGAGCUCUCAAGAUAGACACUAUUUGGAACAAACUCCUAGAACUAAUGUCCCAGGACCUUACGCUGAUCGAAGAUUGUCAGAUCAGAGUUAUCAGAUGCCUCAAGACAAAAUUCCAAGCGCAUAUGAUCAAGAUGGCAAAGUAGUCCAACAAGAUCAGUAUUACCGGAGUUUACCUGAGAAAAGAUUAGUAAGCCAAGAAUACCGACGCAGUCCACAAGAAUCAUUCUCUAAGCCUGGUGACAGACGAUCAAGUGAUCAAGAAAUUAUUACCACUCCAGAAUCAGGGCUAUCUUCAGUAAAUGAGAAGAGGUUUCAAAAUCAAGAACAUCAAAGCAGUCAUCACGAUCAGUAUUCAAAAGUUGGAACAAACUAUCAUCCUAACUCUCAGGAGCUGUAUUCUCAACUUCCUCAAGAUAGAAGGAGUGACAAAAAACCUAGCUAUAUAAACAGCAGACCUUCAAGGCCACAUGAUCAGACACCUAGGAGCUCCAGACCUUCCAGUGAUGCAGCGAGUGAUGAUAGACCUGUCAAUGAAGUUGAAACUGCUGUCUCUCAAGGUGUAAAGAUGAGACGUGGUUCUCGUGAUGAUCUUGCACUCUGUGGAUCAACACCUUCUAGAGUGAAACGUCAUGCAAGUGUGGUGCUGCUGCGACAUAGCCUCAUCCAGGACUCAUCAAACCCUACAUCUCCUCUCAGUGUCUGGGCUCAAGCAACUGGGGAUCAAACUGGCUCUCAGACACCUAAGCAGGAAGAUCCCUGGUCUGGAUCCGUAGGGGUUGAUGUGGACCAGGUGGCAGCCAGCAUCACUUCAAAAAAAGAUGAUAAAAUGAUGAGGGCAGCCUUAGAAGCUCUACACCUCAGAAAAGCUUCUCAGUCAACUCCUAAAUCCACUCCCACAAGUCACAAAGCUGCUCAGUCAAAAUCUCUGCAACAUUCACAGAAAACACCAAAAGUGGGUAAUUUAACUCCUAAGGCAAGUCAGAACACACCCAAACAAAAUCAUCUGUCUGCCAGUGGAGGGGAGGGAAACAGCAAACCUGUGGGUUCUCCUCCUCAAUAUCAACCUCCUCCUGAAGCUAAACCAGGUCCAUUUCGUAAGCAGCAACAAUACCUGUGAUAGUCUUCUCUGAUGGGUUGCAGGGUAAAAUCUCUGCCUAUCCACAUCAACGUUAUGUGAUUUAUCUUAAGGUUAAUUGAGUUAUUAGUUAUAUUAGACCUGUUUUAAAUAUGACAUUAGUUUAUGAGGAAACGUUUAUGAUAAAUAAGGUUGUGCGUUAAAUUCUAUUAGAUUAAUCUUCAGUAGUAUCAAAGUUAUAUAAAUGUUGUGACAGUAAAAUAACUAUAUAUAUUGUUAGUCAUUCUAGAAAAUUAGAAAAAUGAUUUUAUAGCUAUAAAAAUUGUUGCUUAAAUGUUACGAACAUUCAUUUUGCUGCUAAUACAACUGAUGUAGCAGAUUUGUGGCUGUCAGUGUUAAGUUAAUUUAUUGUUAAAUCAAAGUUUUCUGAAGGGUCAAAGUCCACUGUUACUGUUAACAUUGAUUGGAUUAUUGAAAUUGAAUGAAAAUAUGUCAAGUAAAGUUAAGAGUAUUAGGUUAGGCAACCUAAUUAUAAACUCAUAUUCUUGUUUGAAGGUAUAUCGCGGACAUUUUCCAGCACAAUGGUAAAAACGAACGAUAUUUUCAUAUUUUAACCCAUAUUCUAUUUCAUUUUCAUUUUCCAACUAAUAAAAGUUCUAACAUUUUGUCGUCAGUAAAACUUUUAGGCAUCCAUGUGGAUGCAAAGCUCGCCUGGGAACGCCACACACUACUCAUGUUGUUUCUAAGAUACCUCGAGUCUGCUUUUUGUUUUUGUUGAGAAGACUUAGGAGUUGUGUCUCGAAUAGUAUGCUCAUUACUGCAUAUUACAGUUUCUUUCACUCCCUUCUUCUUUAUGGAUUAUGGAAACAUUUUGUGGGGCAAUAGCUCUGGGGCCAGGAAGGUUUUCACAUGGCAGAAAAAAGCACUAAGAAUAACGACCAGCAAACCUCUCUUUAUCAAACAUAGAAUAAUGACUCUACAAUGUAUAUUCAUUUUUCAAAAUUUGCUAUCUGUUAAAGAAAAUCUGUCUUCAUUUCCAAAACGUAACAAAUUUCACAGUUAUAAUACUAUAAUACCCCCGCCACAGCAAACCUGCCGACUAAGAGAAUUUCCAUUUGUCUGAAUUGAAUUGCAAUUAAAUUUAAAUAACAUUGGGUUUAACGAGUACCUAGGUUUGCUGCUAAAAGGAAAAUAAUAGAGUAUUUUUCAUAAUAAAAUAUUAAUAGCUUAACAUUAGAUCAAUAAAUUUUCUAAGUUUGAUCAAAAUAUAUCCAUAAAUAAGCAAACUACAACAUUUUACAAUAUUCUCCAUAUAUAAUUUUUAAAUUUUCUCUGUUACCAAUAACCAUACAAAAACACCUUGAUAUACUAAAUUAUUUUUUAAAAUCUAUUUAGAAGGUCUCGAGCGAAAUUGGAAAAUCUUGUGUUUUAAAAGCCAAAAAUGAGGAAAACCAGUUCUUACCCCAUAAAAUCCCACGUAAAACCCCGUUCCCAUGGUCCGAUCACGUUGGUCUGUGAACUCAUUCAAGUUUGUCCCGCCUUACACCUUUAAACCAAAUUUCAUCAAAAUCGGACAUAAAUUACUCAAGUUAUUGUGUUCACGGACACAUAAAUAUGUACAAAUUUGAACGAAUGGUGUAUUUUUUCCUCUGGGGACAUCAAAAUGAAAAAGUAAAUUGGUCCCGGUGGCACCUACGGUAAUAGCUACUUCCCUGUAGGGAAAUUCCCUAAAAUGUGAGCAGCUAGAUAUUACGAUAGUAAGAUUAUGAAAAAACUAACUAUAGCCACAAAUUCCGAUAAAUACAGCUCUUUAAUAAGAUAGCCUACCUGUAUUGUUACAAGAGCCUAACUUUGUUAAAUUUAAAAAUAAAUUGGCUGAUUGGCUUCUUGACAGAAGAUUUUAUUCUGUAGGAGAGUUCUUAGGAUAUCAAAUAUCUAAUAAAGAUUUUUUUAUUUCCGUUGUAAUUUCGUCUCCAUCAAUGCACUACAUACACUAGACCUAAUCCAUAGAAAAAGACUGUCCAUUGUACUGUUGUAUUUAACGAAAUAAAGAUAUUCUUAUUCUUAUGAGGGGCAAACAGUGUUCAACAUAUCCUACCUGGAGGAAUAAAAAAAACAUCUAUACACACAUAUCUGCAUAAUUUUAUGAAACAUAGUAGAUUUUAACUAUAUUUCAUAACCUGAUACAAUUGUUUAACACCCAACUUUAAAUUAGAUAACUUUUAUCAAAUAUAAAUAAUAAUUUAACAGUGACUUAAAAAUACAUAAUAACUCUACUAUCAUCGUAGUUUUCAAUUACUGAAAUUGGUAUUAAAACAAUAAUAGCGAUGAUUAACUGUAAAAAUAUAAACAAUUCAAAAGUCAACGUUUGGAAAUUUACAUCAAUAACUAAAGAAUACAUAAAAUCUGUACAAAUGACUAUUAAGGAUAAAUAUAUCGAUAUUUUUCUGAAUAUAGCCUAAGUUAGUUGUGUAUCCACUCCUUCUUCCUUAAUGUUAUCCUAUGACAAGUGCUCUUUCCCCAAAAACUAAAUUUUGACUAGGUACUAAUCAAAUUAACUACUAAUUAAUUUGUAUAGCUUAUGUAAUAUAUCACUGUAUUUUUUAACCUUGAUUCAAAGACUAAAAUACUGCCAAGGGAAAAAAAAAAAAAUUAAGCUUCAAUUAUCAUUUUAUUUAAAAAUCAAAAUUCAUUAACUAUUGUCAACAAUGAUGACCUAUCAUUGUUUAGUAACAGUGGACUUAGUAAUGAAGUGUUAGAAACAAAAAAUUAGAAACUAUACAAACAUUUCACAAGAUUAGGCUCAAUGUAGGAGAAGAGUUGUGUAGUGAAUAAGGUUCCUUGUAGCUUGUAGUGAAUACUAUUACGGUUAUGUUAUUGUUUACUUGAACUCUCAAGUAGGGACUAUGUGCUUCCAUUAAAUACUUAUACAUUUACCUUGUAACUCAUCUUUAGCAACUUUUUUGUUCUACAGUAUCUUUAUACCCAGUUCUGGCUCCCUGUUUUCUUUAUCGUUGUUAUAAAUUUUCCUCUGAAAGCCCAUAAAAAAUAAAAAUGGGAUGAUGUGUUGUCCCCAUUAGGGUUGACAUUUGACAACAUCAGUAAUAAAAUUAACUUAGAUCUUUUUCUUACUCGGAGUCAAUAAUAUAAUUUUAUCCCUAUCGGAAAUAUAAAUUUUAAAAAAAUCUUUCUUGCAUUGGUGUCUCAAAAUUGUUGGCAACUCCCACAAAAAAACAACCCAUUCUUUAUAUUACUUAGUAUCCAAAGUGUGUUACAUGGUAUAGUUAUAUUGAAAGGUAAUUUUAUACUUUUAAAUUAUGAUAUACUUGAAAUUGCUGGAUUAUUUGAGUUUGUCAGACAAAUUAAAAUUCUCAUUUCGUAAAAAGUUAUAGGUAGAAAUUGAAUAUGAUUUUUGGUUCAUG